AUGUCGACUCCUACAGCACCUCACCCAACUCCACCCAUCUUUGAUGAAAAAAAUUACACAAUCUGGGCUAUCAAGAUGGAGGCAUAUCUUAGAGGAAAUUACCUCUGGAAUGCCAUAGAAUAUGAGGAUGAGCCGCCUGCGUUGAGAGAUAAUGAAACAAUUACGCAGAUUAAACAAUACUCUGAAGAGAUAGCAAAGCGAUACAGAGUUGUGUCCUUCAUUCGUGCAAUUGUGUCUGAGAUUAUAUUUAGUAGAAUCAUGGGUUGCAAGACUGCAAAGGAAGCGUGGAACAAACUUCAACAAGAGUUUCAAGGAUCUGCAAGAAGUAGACAAAUGCAGGUUCAAAAUCUUCGAAGAGAGUUUGAGCUUCUCAGAAUGAAAGAUACUCAAUUUGUCAUGGAUUAUGCUGAUCGAGUGAUGAGCCUAGUAAAUCAGAUUCGCAUGCUAGGUGAAGACUUGCAAGAGGUAUGGGUUGUUGAGAAAAUUCUUAAUAGUGUUCCAGAAAAAUUUAAAGCAACAGUGUCUUCCUUAGAGCAAACUAAAGACUUGUCUCAACUCACUAUUAUUGAGUUGGUGACUGCACUGGAAGCUUAUGAAUAA